AUGCAGCUCUUCACUGGAAGCAUUCUGCUGACUGCUCUGUUUUGGUUGGAUGUGAUCCAUGCUGCUAAACCAGGAGAAGAGUCUUCAUCUGCAGAUGAUGAGAAUGACACAUCUACUAAAGGUCUGAUAUUAUCAUGGUGGCAAAGUAAAACAUGCAAGUGUGACUGCCAGGGUUCUGGGCCUUCAUUGCCCUCUAGAGUGAUGAUUCUAGAUUGCAUGCCAGAAUGCCCCUAUCAUAAACCAGUAGGAUUUGAAUCAGGAGCUAUAAGUGCUGACCAGAUAAGUUCUUCCAACCAGGAACAGUACACCGGCUGGUACUCAUCUUGGACUGCAAAUAAAGCGCGCCUUAAUGGACAAGGAUUUGGAUGUGCUUGGCUUUCUAAAUUCCAAGACAACGGCCAGUGGUUACAAAUUGAUCUAAGGGAAGUGAAGGCUAUUUCGGGGAUUAUGUCACAGGGGAGAUGCGACACAGAUGAAUGGAUGACAAAAUAUAGCGUGCAAUACAGAGUCGAUGACACAUUAAAUUGGGUUUACUACAAAGAUCAGACAGGAAAUAACCGGGUAUUUUAUGGAAACUCAGAUCGCUCAUCAACAGUACAGAAUUUCCUGCGACCUCCAAUUAUAGCUCGAUACAUUAGAAUUAUUCCACUAGGUUGGCAUGUCCGUAUAGCCAUUAGAAUGGAACUGCUUGAGUGUAUGAGCAAAUGCGCAUAAAAUACUAAAUGGAGAAGACACAGCAUUUGAUCUACAUGUUUUCAUACAAGGAGCUAAUAUAAACAGCAUCACUAAGGCUUUUGUAAAAAAAUAUCCUAUGU